AUGUCUUUAGACUCUCCCACGUACCUGAACUCCUUACAGAAUAAUAUCCGCGCUCGACCAAUACCAUGGGAGGGCGCGGUCCGAGCUGGGAGCAUCACCGAGGAACAACUCCAGCGCAUCAAGGAAGUAGAUAAGGUCCGGAAGGAUCAAAGGCAGAAAAAUGCUGAGAAGGAUCUAAGCGCCUAUACGACACUCCUUACUGGUGGAAGCUCGGGGAAGAGUAUACUCGAAUCGGCCGCAAGACGAACCGACAUAAUCCAAUAUGUCUUAGUACUUGCUGGAGAUUUGAUCAAUGAUGUCCCUGCUCUCAAGGAAGCGUUGGUUGCGGAUUCAGGAAGCUACCGGCAUUUCCUCCCGUUGCUUCACCACUCUACCAACUCCGAAGACCCAAUACCACUUCUAACCUCCGCCUUCUUGACGAAUCUCAUCUCCGCCUCUUUGCUCUCCUCCCCUAAAACAAGCCCGAAGGAUGAAGAAGCCCUACCUAGGCUUUUCUCGUACCUUGCGACUUUAACGAAGAGUGCGGACACCGGCUUACAGGACAUUGGUGUACAAGGAUAUUCAGAGCUUCUGAGAACGACCCGGUCCAGAGAGUUGUUUUGGAACCAGAGAACGGCUACGGUCGAACCGCUUAUGGACAUUUUGCGCGCGGCCGCUGGAUCCGGGAAAGAAAAUGGAACCACGACUCUGGCUGGAAGCAGUAUUCGAACGGCUGAAAUGAAGAUUGGGGGUGGGGUGGGUAUCCAGCUUUUGUACCAUGUGCUUAUUGUGAUAUGGGAGCUCAGCUUUGAAGGUGGGCUAGUUGGCGAGCAACUAGAAUCGGAAAAUGAAAUAAUCGCGCUCUAUACACAUCUCCUACGCAUCUCUCCGAAAGAAAAAACGACUCGGUUGGUUGUGUAUACUCUUUCCAAUAUCCUCUCCGCCAACAAAGCUUGUUUGCUGCCGGUGGCCGUGUUCGUCGGACUCCCUGCCCUGUUGACCACCCUGGCCGCUCGCCACUAUGUCGACGAAGACCUCCUCGAUGCCAUGGCUGGUCUAUCCGACAUGCUUGAUGAAUACACCAAAACACAAACCACCUUUGACACGUACUCUGCAGAAGUCAUGUCGGGCCACCUCCGAUGGUCUCCGCCUCACAAGAACGCCACGUUCUGGCGGGAAAAUGCGCGGCGCAUCUUGGAUGAAGAACGUGGCCAGCUGCCGAAGAAGCUUGCGGAAAUCCUGUCGAAGAACUGGGAUACGGACAAGCAGGUUCUGGCCAUUGGGUGUCACGAUGUCGGCUGCUUGGUGCGCGAGGUCCCCGAACGCCGCCACCAACUCGAAAAGCUUGGUCUCAAGGCGCGGGUGAUGGAGCUGAUGGCGGACCGAGAUGAAUCCGUCCGGUGGGAAAGCCUGAGGGCAGUUGGGGAAUGGCUGAGAUAUACAUUUGAAAAUUGA